AGAAGAUUUACAACAUGCAUACCAAUGUUCGUGUGAACAACUCUGUUGCCACUGGUCUCAAGGUCACGUUGUCUGACAGUGGCAAGAGUGUGGAGAAGAAUGAUGAAGCCCCAGAAAAUGAUGGGUAUAAUGCAGAGCUGGACGAGUCAUUCAUGGAAGAAGAGAUGUUGGAGUUGGAACAUCCAAUGUCAAAGUUUGACCGGAACAACAAGGAGGAUGAUCAUAACACAUCCACAACCAUCCAGUUUGGUAGUUUGCCACCUGUUGUGGUGAAUAACUACAUUUUUUCAAUGAUCUUUCACUUUGAGCUGGAUGGUGAAAGAGGAGAUGGUGAAUUUGAAGUGGAGGCUGAGGAACUAGAUGAAGCAAGCCAUGAGCAAACCAUUGCAGAGUUGGCUAGUGGAUUUGCCGGGCUAGAUUUGGAUGGAGAUGAUGAAGAGUCGUCAGUUGCUGAACUGGUUACUGAGUUUGCAAGUUUGGCACUAGAGGAUGAGCCGGGGAGUGUCAUGAUGGCCCGUACUGGAGCAAGAAUCAACUUGUCUGCUGAGACAGCAAGGCAACACAAGAGUUCCUGACAGAUCCUAAGAGAAUUUUAUGAGGCUGGACACAAAUAUGUGGGAGUACUUGGUGAGGAUGAUGGUCGGUAUCCCUACUACGUACUGUACCAAGUACUAGAAGGAUCCACAAGCCUACCUAUUGAUAACUCUACAUGGGGUUCAUAAUUUGAGGAAAAAGAUAACUCUGUGGUUGUCGAAGAGAAGCUAAACGAAAAGAGUGCUAUGCAUGUGGCAACAAGAAAGGGGAAAGAGGUUGUCAUUGAAGGAUCAACAUUUGAGGAACCAAGUCGAGUAAUGGUGUUCAAUGAGCCGGAUGCAAAGAUGCUUCGACAUCUCACACCAUUGUACAUAAAAGCUCAGAUUGAUA